AUGAUUCAACAACGGUCAUCACGAUUGUUUUCUUCGCUUUCCCAUUGCGCCUUUCGUUCAUCGGUAGCACCGCUCAGCGCGUCUCAGCGAUGUCGGAUCCGGAGACCGUACAGCAUUCAUGCUGACGUGUCUGUCGGCGAGAAGAUACAAAAUAUCGACCCGUCGAAGCUCUCCAUUACCAGAACAACGACGCCAAAGGACCUACUGCCUCCGGAGGAGCUCAUCUUUGGCCGCAACUUUUCAGAUCACAUGCUCUCGCUCGAAUGGACAGCAACUCAAGGAUGGCUGCCCGCGCGCAUUACGCCCUAUCAGAAUCUCAGUCUCGACCCUGCGACGUGCGUCUUCCACUAUGCAUUCGAGUGCUUCGAGGGCAUGAAGGCCUACAAGGACAAGGACGGCAACAUCAGGCUGUUCAGGCCAGACAAGAACAUGGCUAGGCUGAACAAGUCAUCGGCUCGAAUUGCACUGCCUACUUUCGACCCAGAUGCUUUGAUUGAGCUAAUUGGCAAGUUUGUCAAGGAGGAUGAGCGUUUUGUGCCAGACGCACGGGGAUACUCACUCUACCUCCGCCCGACCAUGAUCGGUACUCAGCGCACCCUCGGCGUUGGUCCUCCCGCUUCUGCACUGCUCUACGUAAUUGCAUCCCCUGUCGGUCCAUACUACCCUACCGGUUUCAAGGCCAUAUCACUGGAGGCCACAGACUAUGCCGUACGUGCAUGGCCUGGGGGUGUUGGAGACAAGAAGCUGGGAGCCAACUACGCGCCUUGCAUUGUGCCCCAGAUGCAGGCUGCAAGCCGUGGCUUCCACCAGAAUCUGUGGUUGUUUGGUGAGGAAGAGUACAUAACGGAGGUCGGUACGAUGAAUCUUUUCGCGGCAAUUAAGAACAAGGAGACAGGAAAGCCAGAGCUGCUGACUGCGCCUCUUGAUGGUACUAUUCUCGAGGGCGUUACACGCGACUCAAUCCUUCAGCUUGCACGGGAGCGACUCGAGCCAAAGGGCUGGACAGUAUCUGAGCGCAAGUUCACCAUGAAGGAGGUGGCUGAUGCUGCUGACGAGGGCCGCAUGAUGGAGAUCUUUGGUGCUGGCACCGCUGCCAUUGUCGCACCUGUGCGCAAGAUUAGCUGGAAGGGACGUCUCGUCGAUUGUGGGCUCGAGGAUCACGUCGAAGCAGGCCCAAUUGCGCAACAAAUGAAGGAGUGGAUGGAGGGCAUCCAGUACGGCGACGAGGACCACCCAUGGAGGUAG